GCUAUCAGAACCUCAGAUGGACCAAAUGGUGUACGAGGCACAAAGUUCUUCAAUGGAGUUCCAGCUGCUUGCCUGCCUUGCGGCACGGCCCUUGGAGCUACGUGGGACGUGGAGCUGCUCAAAAAGAGCGGCGAGCUGAUGGGACGCGAGGCGAUCGCUAAGGGCGCUUCAGUCCUGCUCGGUCCUACUGUGAACAUGCAACGAUCACCUCUGGGCGGUCGAGGAUUUGAAUCGUAUUCUGAGGAUCCGGUCCUUGCCGGAAACCUCGCUGCAGCAUCCGUGGCCGGCAUCCAAUCAACAGGCGUUGCCGCGACUCUCAAGCACUUUGUCGCCAACGAUCUGGAGGACAAGCGAAUGUCCAGCAACAGCAUAGUCUCAGAGCGAGCGCUUCGCGAGGUCUAUCUUAUGCCUUUCCAGAUCGCACAGAGGGACGCACAACCAUGGGCAUACAUGACUUCAUACAACCUCGUUAACGGAACACACGCUAGCGAGAACCCUAAGCUUCUGCAGCAGAUUUUGCGCAACGAAUGGGGCUUUGAUGGCCUUGUCAUGUCAGACUGGUUUGGCGUUUACUCCACAACUGAGGCCAUCAAGGCCGGCUUGGACUUGGAAAUGCCAGGGCCCCCGUCUCUUCGAGGACCGCAAGUUGAUCUGGCGUUGCGUUGCGGCAAGCUUUUAACUCAUCACAUCGAUGCUAGAGUGACAGAAGUCCUCAAGCUGAUCAAGAAGUUGCUGCCUUUGAACAUCGAGGAAGGCGCAGAAGAAUCCAGCAUCGACACACCGGAAACCGCUGCCCUUCUCAGACACGUCGCGGCCAACAGCUUGGUCCUUACUAAGAAUGAGGAGAACGUGCUGCCUUUCAAGAAGGAAAAGACAACUGCUGUCAUCGGGCCGAAUGCCGCAUUUGCGGCCUUUUCUGGGGGUGGCUCUGCAUCACUCCUGCCCUACUACGCAGUAACGCCACUCGAUGGAGUCAAGUCUAAAGUGCCAGAAGCUCAGUACGCACUUGGCGCUUCAGCCUGGAAACGGCUACCACUCUUGUCUCGUGCUGCUAAGACCAAAGAUGGUCGAUCCGGACUAAUCAUGAAAGUCUACCUCGAGCCUCCGAGCGGGAAAGAGAGGCAAGCUAUUGACGAGCUUCUCAUCAAGGACACCAAUAUCUUCCUGUUUGACUACAAGAACCCGCAACUAAAUUCGCAUCUGUUCUACUCCGACAUCGACACGACCUUUACGCCUGAAGAUACAGCUGAGUAUGAGUUCAGCUGCUCGGUGGCAGGAACCGCUCAGUUGUUUGUCAAUGGCGAGCUCGUUAUUGACAACAAGACCAAGCAAACACCAGGUGACUCCUUUUUCGGCGUUGGUACACAGGAAGAGAUUGGUACCAUCAAACUCGAAGCGGGCAAAGCCUAUGAUGUGCACGUGGAAUUCGGCUCAAUGCCGACCCUCACAUAUAAGAAAGAGGGCGUUACUGCAUUCGGUGCAGGCGGUAUUCGCAUAGGUGUGCACCGCAAGCUUGACCCGAAGGUCGAACUUCAACGCGCUGUCGAUCUUGCAAAGAGCGUCGAUCAAGUCGUGCUUGUCACAGGUCUCAACUCGGACUGGGAAUCGGAAGGAUACGAUCGAGCGCACAUGGACCUGCCACCUGGAUCCGACGAACUUAUCGAAGCCGUGCUCGCCGCAAACCCCAAUACCGCUGUCGUUGUCCAAUCGGGUACACCAGUGACGAUGCCAUGGGCCGAUAAGGCGAAAGCAUUGGUUCAAGCUUGGUACGGCGGCAACGAGAUCGGUAAUGCCGUGGCAGACGUGGUCUUUGGCGAUGUGAACCCAAGCGGAAAGUUGAGCUUGAGCUUCCCGAAGCGCAACGAGGACAAUCCGGCCUUCUUGAACUAUGUCAGCGAUCAUAACAGAGUCUUCUACGGCGAGGACGUGUACGUUGGAUACAAGUUCUACGAGAAGACAAAGAAGGAGGUCCUGUUCCCAUUCGGUCAUGGCUUGAGCUACACGACCUUCGAGCUCAGCAAUCUGCAGGUCGCAGAUUCAGACGAAAUCACCGUGUCCGUGUCAGUCUCAAAUACUGGCAAGAUUGGUGGUGCUGAGGUUGUUCAAGUAUAUGUCUCGCCAGAAACGCCGAGCAUCAACAGGCCAAAGAAGGAGUUGAAGGGUUUCACAAAGGUCUUCCUUGAGCCUGGCCAGACGAAGACAGCGGAGGUGAAGAUCUCCAAGAAGUACGCUACUAGUUUCUACCACGAAGGCAAAGAUGCUUGGCUAUCGGAGAAGGGCAAGUACACAGUACUGGUGGGCAAUUCGAGCGCGAAUACACCACUUUCUGGGCAGAUCGAGGUUGCGAAGGAUUUGGUAUGGAAGGGAUUAUAGAGGCUUGACAUGACCAUGCGUAAUGAUGAAUGAUACCAUUGAGCUGGGCA